UGAUCAGAGUAUGAAUCUGGACAGAGACUUAACGUGUGUGCACACAUUCUCCCGGUCAUCUCAGCCCCUGAGUAAUGUCAUGAAGAUUCAGGAAUCACAAGGUGCUGCCUUCACAACAGGGAUUUAUACACACUUCCUGCCUCAAAUAGUCAUGAAUGUCAUCAAAACCUGCUAGUGAAAAUAAAACCUUAGGUAAGUUUUCAGAGUGGUAACUCUGGAGUGUGGACAAUAUUGGAUUUUGGUUGACAGGAUAUGUGCAGUCCAGGCCUCCUGUUCCCAUGCAGGACUCUCUGGCUGGGACAGCAGUGAAUGGCAGAAUGGCAGCCAGUGAUGUGGCUGUAGGUAUCAUCUUCUUGUCACAGACUGUGGUUGGAGCUCUGGGCAAUUCCUCUCUUCUCCUCCAUUACCUGGUCAAUUACCUCAUGGGGUUCACGGUAAGACACACAGACUUGAUUCUUCAGCACUUGAUUGUGGCCAACUUGUUAGCUCUCCUGUGUAGAGGAGUUCCUCAGACAGUGGCAGCUUUUGGAGUGAAAGAUUUCCUCAGUGAUUUUGGAUGCAAGCUGCUUUUUUAUCUUCACAGGGUGGGCAGGGGUGUGUCCAUUGGCAGCACCUGCCUCCUGAGUGUCUUCCAGGCCAUGAAGAUUAGUCCUGAGAAUUCCAGCUGUUCAGAGCUUAAAGUGAAAGCUCCCAAAUACAUUGGUUUCUUCAUAUACCUGAGCUGGAUUCUGUACCUGCUUGUAAAUAUUAUAAUUAUUUCACAUAUGACUGGAAAAAGGAGCAAAAAUAAUAUAACAAGCAUGAAAGAUUUUGAAUACUGUUCUGCUGUUCAACAUCACAGAACCAUAUACUCACUGCAUGCAGCCUUGCUAACAUUCCCUGAUGUCCUGUGUGUGGGGCUCAUGCUCUGGGCCAGCAGCUCCAUGGUGCUCAUUCUGCACAGGCACAAGCAGAGAAUGAAGUAUGUUCAUAAGAACAGCUCCCCCAGGUCCUCCCCUGAGUCCAGAGCCACCAAAAACAUUCUCCUCCUGGUGAGCACUUUUGUGUCUUUUUACAUACUUUCCUGCAUCUUUCAGGUUUGUGUGAUUGUUAUUUAUAAUCCCCACUGGCUGCUGGUAAAGAUGGGUGCAAUAGUUGCUGGGAGUUUCCCAGCUCUCAGCCCCUUUCUGCUCAUGAGCAGGAACUCCAGUGCAUCCAGGCUCAGUCUCUCUGGAAUAAGGAAUAGGAAAAUACCCAAUGUCAGGAGGAACAUCUAAAUUGUAGGCUUUGCGCAAUUCUUAUAUUUCUUCAUUUGUACUCCCAAAUUAAAAUUAUAGUGAUAGUCAUAUCUCUAUGAAUGACAAUCAACACACAUGUGGUUUUUUAUUACAGUGUGUGCAUUUGUGUGUGUAUGUGUACCUGAGUAAGUGCACAUGUACACUACUUAUAUUUGGCUUUAUUGUCCACCCAGGAAUAUUUUGGGAAGAGUAGAUGUAACAAAUAUAAAUUUCGGGCUCCAUAUACCAAUUACAACCAUGGCCAAAUUCUUCAGCAUAAAUCUGCUUUCAUUAUUUUAUUUUCUUUAUUUACAAGUGCCACUUAUUUUUCAUUUAUCUACAUAUUAUGUUUAUGUUUCAUCUGUGUCUUUUGAAGGAAAUAUCAAAGUGAACACUACCAAGUGUUUGUCACUUGCAAUGAAAUGAGACAUAUGUUCCAUGUAAUCUUGUACAUGAUGGGAAGCAAAGUCUACUGAUGUCCUCUUUAUUAAACAGCUUAUAUUGAAUUUAUUGAUUUCUGUGCUGUGAUUUUCACAAUGCAAUAUUUCUUCUUUUCAUAAGCUAAUUAGGUUUUAACCUUUAUUUAACGUCUAUCUUGUUUGUUUACAACACUGAGUACUAAUAAAUUUUAUUUCACUACUUAAUAUUGUAUUAGUGAU